AUGACCAAGAACAACAACAACAACAACAACAACAACAAAAUGAACAAGAACGACGAUUGGCAGAAACAACUCAAGAUUAUUCUGAAUCAACGACGGGGUGUCGGUAACUUUAAAGACUACACUGUGAGCGAGAAACAUGCGAAACGUAUGCAGCAAUUGGCGGAAUCAGUCCCAGAAGUCUACAACAAUCCUUCCAGCACUCCCCGGUCGAAAUGGUUCGACCAUCCCAAUUAUCGCAGAAACAGUCAAAUGCCAAUGUUUCACGUGCAUUUUCGUCAAGAAAUGCAAAGCGUGUUGGCGUAUCUUGAAAAGGCCCAUACGUUAUCAUCGUGCAGUGGCAAGAAUCCGUACCAGAGUUGCAAAUCGGCAUUUUGGCAGUUCCAAGGAUGCAUGGGAGGAUUGAACGGUCAUGUUUCGAUUGAAGAAUACGCUUGGUUUCCAGUCUUUCAGAACCUCUUCCCCAAAGUUGACUUGCGCUUUUUGUUUGAGGAUCAUGAAGGUCUGCACCGUGCCGAAGAUCAAGUCAUGCAAGCCUUGCAAGAUUUGACCGAUCGUGCGUCGUCGUUUCAGCAAGAAGAAAAAGACAACGAUGACUUGGAGGAACGAGUGGUCUCCUGCAUUCAAUUGGUAAUGGACUUUGAUCAACAGCUCAUGGGGCACUUGGGAGAAGAAGAGGAAAUCCUAAUGCCCAUGUCCUUGACUUUUGAAAAACGAAUGCCGUUGUAA